AUGCCGCUGGCGCAGCUGGCGGACCCGUGGCAGAAGAUGGCUGUGGAGAGCCCGUCCGACAGCGCUGAGAAUGGACAGCAAAUUAUGGAUGAACCUAUGGGAGAGGAGGAGAUUAAUCCACAAACUGAAGAAGGCAGUAUCAAAGAAAUUGCAAUCACACAUCAUGUAAAGGAAGGGCAUGAAAAGGCAGAUCCUUCCCAAUUUGAACUUUUAAAAGUAUUGGGACAGGGAUCAUUUGGAAAGGUUUUCUUAGUCAAAAAAAUCUCAGGCUCUGAUGCUAGACAGCUUUAUGCCAUGAAAGUAUUGAAGAAGGCCACCUUGAAAGUUCGAGACCGUGUUCGGACAAAAAUGGAGCGUGAUAUCUUGGUAGAAGUUAAUCAUCCUUUUAUUGUCAAGUUGCAUUAUGCUUUUCAAACUGAAGGGAAGUUGUAUCUUAUUUUGGAUUUUCUCAGGGGAGGAGAUUUGUUUACACGCUUAUCCAAAGAGGUGAUGUUCACAGAAGAAGAUGUCAAAUUCUACUUGGCUGAACUUGCACUUGCUUUAGACCAUCUACAUAGCCUGGGAAUAAUCUAUAGAGACUUAAAACCAGAAAACAUACUUCUUGAUGAAGAAGGUCACAUCAAGUUAACAGAUUUUGGCCUAAGUAAAGAGUCUAUUGACCAUGAAAAGAAGGCAUACUCUUUUUGUGGAACGGUGGAAUAUAUGGCUCCAGAAGUAGUUAAUCGUCGAGGUCAUACUCAGAGUGCAGACUGGUGGUCUUUUGGUGUGUUAAUGUUUGAAAUGCUCACUGGUACACUACCUUUCCAAGGAAAAGAUCGAAAAGAAACAAUGACUAUGAUUCUUAAUGGCAACAUUGAAAAAUUCCCGAGCCAGAAACCUGGAAUCAUUCUUGAUUUCUUCCCUUCUCUUGUACAUGCAGACUCACCUGGCAUUCCACCCAGUGCUAAUGCACAUCAGCUUUUUCGGGGGUUUAGUUUUGUUGCUAUCACCUCAGAUGAUGAAAGCCAAGCUAUGCAGACAGUUGGUGUGCAUUCAAUUGUGCAGCAGUUGCACAGAAACAGUAUUCAGUUUACUGAUGGAUAUGAAGUAAAAGAAGAUAUUGGCGUUGGCUCCUACUCUGUUUGCAAGAGAUGCAUACAUAAAGCUACAAACAUGGAGUUUGCAGUGAAGAUUAUUGAUAAAAGCAAGAGAGACCCAACAGAAGAAAUUGAAAUACUUCUUCGUUAUGGACAGCAUCCAAACAUCAUUACUCUAAAGGAUGUAUAUGAUGAUGGAAAAUACGUGUAUGUAGUGACAGAACUUAUGAAAGGGGGUGAAUUGCUGGAUAAAAUUCUUAGACAGAAAUUUUUCUCCGAAAGAGAGGCCAGUGCUGUCCUCUUUACUAUAACCAAAACUGUUGAAUAUCUUCACGCACAAGGGGUGGUUCACAGAGACUUGAAACCUAGCAACAUUCUUUACGUGGAUGAAUCUGGCAAUCCAGAAUCUAUUCGAAUUUGUGAUUUUGGCUUUGCCAAACAGCUAAGAGCAGAAAACGGUCUUCUCAUGACUCCUUGUUAUACUGCAAAUUUUGUUGCACCAGAGGUUUUAAAACGACAAGGCUAUGAUGCUGCUUGUGAUAUAUGGAGUCUUGGUGUCCUCCUCUAUACAAUGCUUACUGGUUACACUCCAUUUGCAAAUGGCCCUGAUGAUACACCAGAGGAAAUAUUGGCACGGAUAGGCAGCGGGAAAUUCUCACUCAGUGGUGGUUACUGGAAUUCUGUUUCAGACACAGCAAAGGACCUGGUGUCAAAGAUGCUUCAUGUGGACCCUCAUCAGAGACUGACGGCUGCCCUCGUGCUCAGGCAUCCUUGGAUUGUCCACUGGGACCAACUGCCGCAAUACCAACUAAAUAGACAGGACGCGCCCCAUCUAGUCAAGGGUGCCAUGGCAGCUACGUAUUCUGCUUUAAACCGUAAUCAGUCGCCGGUUUUGGAACCAGUAGGCCGUUCUACUCUUGCUCAGCGGAGAGGUAUUAAAAAAAUCACCUCCACAGCCCUGUGA